AUGUUGCUGAGAAACGCCGUCUCGAUCCUCUCCCUGGCCGGCGCCAGCUUUGCUCGGUCCGACUUUGCGGCCUUGCCGAGCGUGGGCAAAGUGUACAAGACGUUCAGCAGCGACGUCUUCACGGGCGUCAGCGUCGAGACGACAAGCGAGGGCGCCGAGGACCUCAGCAUCCUUCUUGGCGCGCGCAACGUGUGGCCGUCGAGGCCGGUGCAGAUGGCCCUCGCCGAGAAGGGCCGCACCUUCGGCCGGGACGUGUCCGUGGCCAACUACUCCAUCCACGGCGCCACCGGCGUCGCGAGGCUCCACGAGCAGGGCAUCUUGGGUAAGGGGGUCAGGGUCGCCGUCGUCGAUUCCGGCGUGGACUACGACCAUCCUGCCCUUGGCGGGGGCUUUGGCGAGGGUUUCAAAGUCGUCGGCGGUUAUGAUCUUGUAGGCGGUUCAGAGUGGCCGGUUGAGGGAUACUUCAAGAAACCGGACAGCGACCCCUAUGAGGAAAGCGAGAUAGGGCACGGCACACACGUUACCGGCAUCCUUGCGGGACGGUCAGACAGCUGGCAAGGCGUGGCACCUGAAGCCAGUAUCUUGUCUUACAAGGUCUUUGGGGCCGGAAAUAGCGGCGGCACGGAUGAAGAAACUCUGAUCGAGGCCUUCUUGAUGGCGUAUGAGGACGGUGCCGAUAUCGUCACCUCAUCGAUCGGAGGCCGGGGAGGCUUCUCCAACAACGUCUGGGCCGAGAUCGCCUCGCGGCUCGUGGACAGGGGCCUGGUCGUCACCAUCUCGGCGGGUAACGACGGCGCCGGCGGUGCCUUUCUCGCCGACAACGGCCAGUCCGGACGGAACGUGCUCUCCGUGGCCUCGGCCGAGCCGGAGGCCGUCCCCGGGAUGCCGUUCGACGUGACGUUCGAGUACGCGAACGGCGACGUCAACACGACGCGCUUCGGCUUCUUCCACGGCAGCCUCGCCCACCCGUUCCCCGUCAACGCCAACGCCUCGGGCCUGCCCGUCACGGCCCUGUCGUUCGACCCCUACAACGUCACCGUCGGCUGCCGCUUCCUCGGGCCCGACGCGCGGAACCUGUCGGGCUCCCUCGUGCUGGCGCCCAGGGGAGGCUGCAACGGCGCCACGAAGCGGUACGCGCUGCAGUCCGCCGGGGCCGAGCACGUCAUGCUCUUCAACGACGGCAGCCUGUUCCCGCUGGAGGGGGACUACGCCACGUUCCGGGUCGAGGGCAUCACGGACCAGGCGGCGGGCGUGCAGAUCCUCGCGGCGCUCGAGCAGGGCGCCAACGUCACGGCCCGGUUCUUCGACAAGUCGCACGCGUCGCUGGUCAGCCUCCGGAACCCGGCCGUCGUCGGCUCCAAGUUCACCUCGAUGGGCGGGCUGUACGACCUCCAGAUCAAGCCGGACGUCGCGGCGCCCGGGUCCAACAUCUUCUCGACCCUGCCGAGCGGGAAGUACGGCCUCAUGUCGGGCACGUCGAUGGCGACGCCGUACGUGGCCGGCAUCGCCGCGCUCUACAUCGGCAAGCACGGCGGCAGGGCGGCCCACGGCCCGGGGUUCGGCAAGAGGCUCUCGGCGCGGAUCCUCGCGAGCUGCGACUCGGCCCGCUGGUACGACGGCAACAACAUGACGGACUACGGCGUCUGGGCGCCCGUCUUCCAGCUCGGGAACGGGCUGGUCAACGCGACCAAGGUGCUCGACUACCGCUCCGAGCUGUCCUUUGCCAAGUUCGCGCUCAACGACACGGUCAACUUCGUCCCGGAGCACUACGUCAACAUCACCAACAACUGCACCCGCCCGGUCACGUACAAGUUCUGUGUCCAGGCUGCCGGUGGGUACGAGGUCCUGGACGACACGGCGGCGGCGUCCAUCAAGAUGGGGCCGCAGUAUACGGCUUUCGUCCCGACGGAGGUGACGCCCGUCCCGAACGUGACGUUCCCCGAGGGCGAGUUCGUCGUCGGACCUGGCGAGACCAGGGAGGCGAAGUUCAUGUUUGCGCCCCCCAAGGGCCUCAACGGCACGGUGAUGCCUCUCUACAGCGGCAAGAUCCUCGUACACGGGUCCAACGGCGAGGAGCUGGCCGUGCCGUACAUGGGCGUCGCCUCGGACGUCCGCAAGAAUUUCAGAAAAAUGUUUGUCGACAACAGUCCCACCAUGUACUCGGGACGGGGCGCGAUCCCCAUCCUGCACAAGUCCAACUUCACGUUCAACCUCUCGUACUUUGAGCAAGACUUCCCGAAGCUCCAGGUCCGGCUCCGGUACGGCGCCCAGGUCCUCCGGUGGGACAUUUUCGAGGUCGAUUGGAAGGAGACGGAUUGGGGCACGUAUCCGCCUAUCCCUGGCAAAGGUGGUUUCGUCGGGAUGGCGGCGACCUGGGACAACGACAGACACACAGCGUACUUUGACCCGGAUUUCCACGACGAGUUCGACCUCGUCAGGGGCCCGUUGACGGAGCUGUCGCGCGACGACUACAACUACCCCCUGUACGCGGCGUGGUGGCUGGGACGGUUGGCGAACGGCAAGAAGAUCAAGGCGGGGAAGUACACGAUGCGCAUUGCUGCGCUGUCUCCGUUUGGCGAUGCCACCAAGAGCGGCCACUGGGAUAUUUGGAGACGCGACUUUGAGGUCAUUGGCAACCAGACGGAGCCUGAUGAGAGGCGUCUUUUACCUGGCGGUGUAUCCGGGUUCUAG